UUCAUUUCUCUGGUUCUCUUUCUUCAAUAAUUUCACCGAAGCUUCUCCUUUUUCACCCCUUAUUUAUUCAUUUAUUUAUUUUUCUCUCCUUUUUUAGUAGAUAAUACCACUCCUAUUACGUAAUUUCUGAAUCUUUAGCUCACUGUGUGUAGUGUGUGUCCUUAACCGAGUGGGUUUUGCGGAGGAGUUUUUGUGUGAGAGAGAAACUUUUUUCUUGACCGAAUUCGGCAAUUUUUUGGGAGGCGGAGAUGGACUCCGAUUCGUGGCCUCGGAUUUCAACCUACUCUCGGCGUUAUCUAUCUCGACCAGAUGUAUAUAGUGGAGAAGAGUUUGAAGGUGAAGAAGAGCAGAAGUCUGAGUUUCUCUGCCCGUUUUGCAGCGAGGAUUUUGAUGUGGUUGGGCUUUGUUGUCAUAUCGAUGAAGAGCACGCCGUAGAAGCUACGAAUGGGGUUUGUCCCAUUUGCGUGAAAAGGGUCGGAACAGAUCUGGUCCGCCAUCUCACUGUGCAGCACGCGAGUCUACUAAAGGUGCAGCGUAGGAGAAGACUGAGGAAAGGUGCAUCUAAUUUCCCACUUUCCAUCUUCAAACGGGAGUUGAGGGAUGGAGGAAGCCUACACUCCCUUCUCGGUGGGUCUUCAAUUCCGGUUUCUUCCUCACACAUAGAACCCGACCCACUGUUAACCUCUUUCAUAUACAAUCCACCCGAUGCUGAUGAGUCCUCAAGUGUCCUGCCUCUCUCAUCAGUCGAGGAGUGCACAAUGGUCGAUAACCCUGCAGUGGACCCCAGUGACAGGAUGGCGCAAAAGUGCCCGAUGUCAGAUGAAGAUGUGAGGGAGAAGAGUCGAAGGUGCGAAUUCGUGAGGGGUGUUGUGAUGUCUACUUUUCUUGAUGAUUUAUGAGCAAAUGAUGUAUGAGAAUGAGAUGGGGCUUUUGGAAAUGGAGAAGCAUUGUUGGAGAGAUUGAAUGAGGAAAUAGAGCUAAGUUGUUUCUUUCCUCACUACUCCUAGUAUGUGAAAACAUAUUUAUGUGCAUAAUAAAACUAGUAUAUGUAAUAUGCAUCUUGGAUGUAUCUCUCCCCCCUUCUCUAUUGUUUCUAGUUUUAAAUUGUUAUUAAGAAACGUUUCCACUACUAUCAUGAAUAAAUAAGAGUAACAAUUAUCUUAGCUCAA